AUGACCUCUGUAUUAGAUGAUAAUGUCCUCGGUGACGUGAUGACCUCUGUAUUAGAUGAUACGUUUUUUGACGAAGAUUUAGAAUCUAUUGAGCAGACGGCUAGUUUAUCGACUAGCUCCUCUUCUGAGUAUGACCAUUACAAUGCCCAAAACACGGAAGGUGAAAAUCCUUCACCAGAAAACAGUACUAGGAAGUCGGGGACUAUGACGGAGGAAGGAAACUGGCGAAAAGACCGGAAAAAGAAGGACAAACAUAAUAUAAUUGAACGACGACGGCGAUACAACAUAAACGAUAGAAUUAAAGAACUGGCAUCACUCCUUCCAGAAAGUGUUCCUCAAGCCCUUAAGCAGAACAAAGGGUCUAUUUUGAAAGCAUCUGUGGAGUAUAUGAAGGAAUUAAUGACGCAAAGGCGCAAUUUGCAGAAGUUGAAGGAAGAUCAAAAGACCAUGAAUUCGAAAAAUCAGAAACUACUUAUCCGAAUUUUUCAACUGGAAUUGAAAUUAAAGCUGUAUGGUUUGACGGAAGAGUUCGACCAUUGUAGGAUCAAAAGGAGGAAAAAGCCCAAGAAACGUUUGACUGAAAUCAAUGCUAUGGUAGAGGAUCUUACUAAACAAGGCAUGCCCGAAGUUCUUGAGCCAAAUAUCUCAACACCUCCUCGCAAAAGAGCCAAAGACAGCGCUUGGAUGCCCAAUAACAAGCAGAAGCUUAUGUCACCUGCUAAACUAACCUUACAGCAGCAUCUCAGGAAUAAAAUGGCUGAGGGAGGACACUCUUCUGCCCAAAGUGAUGACAGUAUAUUAAAUGAUGAAUUUACUGACCACGUUGAUCAACUGGAAAAACAGAAAAAAGAACAAACUGCCCCUUUAUCUUAUUCAGCUAUUCCGAUCACAGAAAGAUCGACUGAGCGAAAUGAUACAACUUCAUUUCCGUACGACAAAGCAGAUUCUGGUUUAAAGGACGAGGAAGGAGUUUUGGAACUAUCGACAGAGCAAUGCGACAUUUUGCUUGAUCUGUUUGAGAACAAUCAGAACAACAAUGAACUUAUAUUAAAUACGACUUUCUUGCCAAAUCCAAACGAUGCCUCCGCAAACCAAGGGUGUUUGUCGCCGGUAACGUCUACCUGCAACAUAUUGGAAAGAUUGUUAAGAAGGCAGAGCUCAGCUUCUGACUGCAGCUCUCGAUCGAGCGGAUUGGAGGAUUCAACCGAAAGUGUGACGGGCUUACGUUAGAAAUGUGUAGAUAAAGAAACAUGUAGGACAAAUUGUGCUUUUAAAUAAGUAUUUGUAGUAUUCCUGUAGUCUUCUUUGCAUGAUGUACAAACCAAAGAAAAAAAUCUUUAUUAUCAUAUCUUGCCAUCUGAGUAUAAUCACCUUCAGCCAUAUGCUUUGAAUUAUUCGUAAAAUCUGGGAAUAAAGAAGAAAAUUUGGUUCCUAUUUCUGCCCUCUUCAUGCAAAAUAAAUCAU